AAUGAUCUGGUGACGGCAAGUUCUUGCGGUGGUCAGAGCUCCACGGCCUCCACGCAGGAAAAGUACGUCACUUUGAUAAUCAAAGUUUGAUCAUGGCAGGCGGCAACUCGGACGCUUCAACGCAGCGUGUGGCCACGCAGGUGGCGGUGGCGGCUGCUGGUGUGGCGCUUGCCUACUACGUUGGAUCGCGCAGCAAGACUGCGAAGCGCGUGGCUGCUCAACGCCGCGCCAAGGCGGUGGCCGCGGCCAAGGCGGCGGCGCUGCCCACGGACCUGGAGCGCCGUAAGCUCACGUCUGUGGUGGUGCGUGUGCCGGCCACGACCGCCAACAUGGGACCUGGUUUCGACACUAUCGGCAUGGCGUUGGACAUCUGGACGGAGAUUUCCGUGGAAGUUGUGGCCCCGAAGGAGGGCGACGCGCCUAAUGUGCGCCGCAUCACGCUCACAAACGAGGGCGAGGGCGCCAAGGAGUUGCCGACGGACGAGAGCAACCUCGUGAUCGUUGGUAUUAAGGCUGCCUUCAAGGCUGCGGGCGAGGAGAUGCCUCGCCACCUCAAGGUGCACUGCAAGAACCGCAUCCCUUUCGCGCGCGGACUGGGCAGCAGCUCGGCUGGCAUUGUGGGCGGCAUCAUCGCCGGCCUUGCCCUUGCUGGUAUGCGUCUGCCUGUGCAUGGCCGUGAGGAGCUUCUGCAGCUGGCCUCAGAGAUCGAAGGACACCCCGACAACGUGGCUCCCGCCAUCUACGGCGGUCUGCAGCUCGGUAUCUUCGCUGACGACCGCUGGUACUCUUCGCGCGUGCAGAUCCCGGACGGACUGCAGUGCGUCGUGUUUAUCCCUGACUCGACGGGUCCCACGAGCGUUGCACGCGCUAUCCUGCCGCCUGACGUGCCCCGCAAGGAUGCCGUGUUCAACAUCGGUCGCGCUGCCAUCUUUGUGAACGCCUUCCGCUCGGGCAACCUCGACGAACUGCGCUACGCCACACAGGAUAUGCUGCACCAGCCGCAGCGUGGAGCCGCACAGUACCCGCACCUGGAGCCGCUCAUUAAGGCGGCGCUGGGAGCUGGUGCGCACGGCUGCUUCUUGAGUGGUGCCGGCCCCACCGUCUUGGCUAUUACUAGCGGCCGUGCUGGUGACAUCUUCACGCAGCAACUGGCUGAACGUCAGGAGAACAAGGUGGCCAACGCCAUGCGUGAAGCUGCCGCCGCGCUGGGUGUCUCCGGGUGCGUGUUCAUCACCAACCCGGACCACCGUGGCGCCUUCAUCGUGCGUGCGGAACCGCAGUUCUCGGACCGCUCUGUUGCGCGUUACGAGGGCGACGUUGCCGACCUGUAGAGUGCCAGUAGCCUAGUAAAUGGUGAGAUGGAACGCCAAUACAUUAUGGUACUUUAGAUGAAGUUGCCUUGUUUUACGAUAAUACAUUGCUUCUUUGUGAUGCUCCAGCAAGAUUCAAUAGCAC